AUGGAAAAAGAUUACACGAGUAAGACCGACGCAAAGGAAAAGAAAAGAAUCCAGAACCGUAUAGCUCAACGAGUGCACCGUGAAAAGCUAAAAUCACGCAUCCGUGAGCUAGAGCAGCAGCUUGAGCUCGUCACUAGCGCUUCAGCAAAGAACGAUACAUCGAAGCCGUGGCCUUCAUGUGGCGAUUCGAUAUCGACAUGCGCAGUACCAGGAGUAUUGACGACAACGAUCUUUGAGGCUGUGUCAGACGAAUCAGGUACCAGCUCCAGCGACAUCACAUUUGUCGGUGAUCAUGCCCCAAAGUCGCUGUCAGGGUCGGAAACUGCCGUUGAAUCAGGUGCGAACACAAUCUCACCAAGUAGCAUUAUUGCUCAGCUGGAUACAUUGCCCCAGACCUCAGUAGAGAGUCAAUGUAUUGACCUUGAGUGGCUUCUGUCAGAUUCCUGGCCAUCUAAAACCGCGUCAGAACGCACUACAGACGCCUUGUUGCUGAUAGAAAGAGGGUCCAAAUUCCUAGAACACAACCCAGGUCCGUUGGAUACGUCGUCCCCGCAACAUCUUGGCUCACCAGGUUACAUUCAGGCCAGCACCAGUAACGGCCACUUAUCUCACAAGAUGAUGACAGUACCAACUGUUAAAAAUCAUGGACACGAAGCACUGCGAAGGUCCGGUGGUACAGAACUAGAGCGGCUCAGCCUCCUAGUAGAAUGCAGCAGACGACUCGGCUUCAACGAUUUGAAUGAAGCGUUGUCAGUCUACUAUACGUCGGAUUUGAGCGGAUCAGCAGUGUUGUCACAUGAGCAGUCGCUUAAUCGAGUUAAGCAACUCCCUAACUUGCUUUCUAAGAUCAGAGAGCAUUCGAAACAAUGGCCAGCUUGGGAGCGGGCCAAUUACGUCAGGGAGACGCUGACAAGUGCUGAAGAGGUAUACGCUGAGGAAUGUAGACUCGCGAGUAUAAGUUCAGCGAAUCAAGGUAUAGGUUUGACAUCAAAAGAAUUUCAGGUGGGUCGGACGGUUCAGAUCACGCGCGCUCUACAACAGGAGAUCCCAAAUACCUGGGCCUUGAUCACGAGUAUUAUACUGCACACAUACACUACUGAGGAGCCACAACCAUCACAAGCUAUAUUGCUGGUCAUGAUGCUGCUAUGUUGCCGUAGUCCUGAUUCAACGAGCACACCUGAACUUUGCCAGGAGUACCUAUUUCCACAUAGCACGAACAUCAACGUAUCGGAUAAUCUUCAUUCUAUGGCAAAUUGA